AUGUCGUCACAUGCGCCACAAGAGAUGAAGGCUGACCCAUCCACUCUCAAGGAACCCCUGGCUGUCAAAGAGUCCUCUCCAUAUUCACCGACCAGCACACACUUGAUUCAAGUUACUGAUAAGAAGCAACCAAGAGAAGGCGGUACAUACUCGUUCUCCCUUAUUCCUAGCUUAUCCCGUCUGAAAGUACUUCGUACACGCAAGCAAGCUACACGCAGUCCUUUAGUUCCCCUUCAACUCGAGGCCCUGCCAGGCUCUGAGCCGCAACAUCAUAGGGUUACUGACAACGCAUUCGUCUUGCAUAGGAAGUUUGGCAAACAAAUACAGAAGCGCCAGCUCGAGGUUCCGGAGUAUGCGGCAAGCUUCGUCAAUUAUAAAGCUUUGAAAAAGCUUAUCAAGAAGCUCUCUGCGACUCCGACGUUGGCGGCACAAAAUGACGUUCUUCGCCAAGAUGGUUCCGUUGACUCCCAAGCCGCUCUUCAAGCAAACAAGGCCACUUUUUUCUUUCAACUGGAACGUGAACUUGACAAGGUCAAUGUCUUCUACCUGCAAAAAGAGGCCGAGCUGAAGAUUCGGUUGAAAACUCUUUUGGACAAGAAAAAGGUUCUACAGACGAGAGACGGCAUCUCAAGGCGCUCUUCAAAAUUUACGACUCUCGAGGAAGGUUUCCAACAGUUUGCUACCGACUUGAACAAGCUCCAGCAGUUUGUCGAAAUCAACGGUACCGCAUUCUCCAAGAUUCUUAAGAAGUGGGACAAAACGUCCAAGUCCAAGACCAAGGAGCUCUAUCUGUCCAGAGCUGUCGAAGUCCAGCCAUUUUUCAACGCCACCGUCAUAAGUGAACUCUCGGAUCAGGCCACGACUAGUCUCCAAGAGUUAGGUGCCUGGUCCGAUGGCAUCCAGGUCAAUUUUCAGACACCAGGGCACGUUGUCACGAGCCAACACUUCAUGGGGACUGAUGAGGGAGAUGCCGACACACUGUUGCUGGACGCAGUCAUUACUGGGAACCCAGAGACGCUCAGAGAGCUCCUGGUGAAAAUGCAGUCCGCGAGCAGCUCAACAGACGGAGAGAGCUCAUUACCUGAUCGCGUCACCAGGACCUUCCUGACUGCAAUUCAUGAUGCGCCCGAAGAGUCUCUGCGUGUUCUUUUAGAUACUGGACUCGUCGACUUGCAGUCGUAUGACGAUAUUAACGAGAGAAAUUGUCUUCACCAGGCCACAAUCUACGGCAAGCAGUAUGUCUUGGGAUGGGCGUUGGAAGCAGGGGUGUCUGUCGAUAGGACAGAUGUGUAUGGACGAGUGCCGUUGCACUACGCCAGUUUGCAUGGUCGUCUGGAGAUGCUCGAGGCACUAUUAAAUGGUAUGAAGGCCUGCAUGCCGGUGGACGUUACGGUUUAUACUGAUUCGUGUUUGCAAGUGAAUUCGGCAACGAUUAACCUAAUCGACCACGACAACUUCACUCCGCUUAUCCACUCCAUCAUUCAUGGUCAUAUUGAUUGCAUACAGCGCCUGCUGGCCAGGUCCGCUAGGAUCGACCCGGUAUCAGACUCCGACCAUGUUCCGUUGAAUUUGGCCUGUGAGCAUGGCUCCGAGGCAGUCGUUGAGCUGCUUCUUAGGCAUGGAGCGAAGAUACUCCCCGAUGCGGAAGGCUUAUAUCCCCAGCACCUAGUUGCGAGGUCGGGAAAGACAUCGGAACUCCUACUUCUACUGAAACAAUUUGGAGCUGAUCUGGACCAAGCCGAUAAGCUGUAUGGAUGGACUCCGCUUGUCCACGCAGCGAGCGAAGGCAACGUUGACUGCCUGCAGGCGUUGCUCAUGAUUGGAGUAGACGUCAAUAUCGUUGACGAGAAAGGUCUGCCGGCCAUGUACUACGCCGCGUGGGAAGGCCAUUUGGAAUGUAUGAAGCUACUUACUCAGUUCAACACUCGCAAUCGCGCGAGCCCGCUCGUCCUACAGUCAUCACUUGGCCCUAUGGAGCUUAGCAACGCACCUGGGCCCAUGGCUUUGGAUCCCGACGCGAUCCCCAUACUCGAGCUCCCCCCUCCCAUCAUCCCCCUCCGCCGUUACGGUCACAACUUCCUCGACACCAAGACAGUCGUACAAAUCAGCUUCGAUGAUCUCCAAGAGCAGCCUUUGCUGUUCUUCCAGGACGGGAAAUACCCGGCAGCGCGACUGACAAUAUCUUCCAAGCUAUCGGAUCUCAUUCCUAAGAACAUUAUCCUGCCCUUUCAAGAAGAUACCCGUAUGGUUUCAUUUCAAGUUGACAACCUCGACACGUUUUCUCUCGACUUUGACGUUUUCCCCACGUACGGGGCCAAGGUUAUCGCCAAGACGGUGGUAUUACCUAGCGCUUUCAGGAGUCAACAAGGAGGAAUCUCAAAGUGCUGUCUGCCUCUGUUUGACCCACGACUGAGGGCCAUUGGCCAGAUUACGUUUAGCACCCAGGUGAUCAAGCCGUUCAAGGGACAGCCGCUGGAAAUCACGGACUUUGAGACGUACUGGAAAGCGACGAGCCAGUUUAACCAACCCGCCAGUGCUGUGGUGACUGGAUCAAGCUUAUCCGGUGACUACGUCCGGCUAUUUGUGCAAUAUACGGCUGACGGAGUCCCGGUGAUUUGGCCACAAUGGACGAUCCGCUGUGGAGGGCUAGACUUGCCACUGUGUCGACUUUCCCUGCAGCAGUUCUUGACCAUUACUGCCGAAAACACUAGCCGAGCUGCAUUACCUAGCUUGUCGUCGAAGCCCGUUGUUGAUAUUGCGGAGGUGUAUCACAUCCUUGCUACAGCAGGCAUCACACUCAAGGAUACUCUAGCGAUUCUCCCCCGUGGUAUCAACGUGAACUUGCAGGUCCUAUACCCGACACAGGAGGAAGAAAAGGCGCUUGCCCUCGGCCCGGCGUUGGACGUCAACGUCUUUGUGGAUGCUAUUCUCACUGUGGUAUUUGAUCAUGCCCGCGCACAACGAGCCCAACACCAGUCCCCAGAGGCGGCUCGCUCCAUGGUGUUCAGCAGCUAUAACGCCCGGCUGUGUACAGCGUUGAACUGGAAGCAGCCAAACUUUCCUGUGUUCUUGUGCAGUGAUCUUGGGCGGGAGGAGAAUAUUCUGGAAGAAAACAUGCUUCGACCGAGCGGAAGACGAGGCACAUCCAUCAAGGAAGUGGUUCGUAUUGCACAGAGCAACAACUUUAUGGGGUUGAUUUGCUAUUCCAAAUUACUGGACAUGGUACCUGCUCUUGUGGACGCCAUCAAAUCUCAUGGGCUAGCACUCGUAAUGGACAAGUCGACAGAUUCUCCCGGCACAAGUCCGAUGACGGAGCCGUUCCCCCGGCCACCCAAAGGUGUAGAUGGUGUUUUGAAAAACCACGGCAUUUUGCGAUUCGAUGACUCGAUAGACAUGUAG